AUGCAGACAGCCUCAAUAUUUAAUGGAAAAUAUGUGGUAUAGAAGAAGAUAUCGUCUGGCUCUUUUGGGGUGGUUCUAUUUGGACAUGAUAAAGAUAAAAAUAUCGAUGUGGCAAUAAAAAUAGAGAAGGAAGAGAAUGAGGAUGUGCGUUCUUUGGAGAGGGAGGUUCAAGUUUUGGAGAGGUUAAAUGGAAUUGAAGGAGUUCCUAAAAUAUAUUGGCAUGGUGAGUAGGACGAUUUUAAUGUUAUUGUUAUGCAAAUUUUGGGAAAGGACUUAUCUCAUUAUGUGAAGAGCAAAAAGAAAUUUUCAUUUAAAACAUCUAUCCAAUUAGGAAUUUAAAUUGUAAAGGUUUUGGAGAGAAUUCACAAUAAAGGAGUUGUUCAUCGAGAUUUGAAGCCUGAAAAUGUGUUAUUUGGAAUUGAUGAUGAAUCUUCUAAAAUUUAUGUGGUUGAUUUUGGAAUAAGUAAAAUAUUUCGAGAUAAAAAUGGAAAUAUUCAUCCUUUUCGUGACAACACAUCUUUCAUUGGGACAACUCGAUACGCUUCCAUAGCAGCACAUAAAGGCUUUGAGUUGAGUAGAAAAGAUGAUAUUGAAUCUCUGAUCUAUGUUUUGCUGUACUUCAUAAAAGGGCAGUUACCAUGGCAAAAUAUGUAGAAUGUCAGCGAUGAGGAGAGGACAGCAAAAGUUGGAGAAAUGAAGAUGUCCAUCGAUCCUAGGGAAUUAUGUAAGGAUGCACCAAUAGAAUUUGCAAUCAUACUUGAGUAUCUUAAACAAUUACAAUAUUUGAGUGAGCCAAAUUACAACUUGAUUUAAUAGUAGUUUGAAAAAGCAGCAGAAAAUUUGGGUAUUUAGUUGGACUACUCGUAUGAUUGGGAUUAGUAAUAGCCAAUGAAAAUUUCAUAGAGUGUUCAUUCUGACAUCAUGCAAAGAUCCACUACUUUAAAUUAAUAAUUAUAACUUCCAUCCACUACUGGUGAGAUGAAAAAAUCAAUAGAUAAACAAGGAAGCAACCUGAUCAGAUAGUAUAAAUCCAUUUAAAUCUGA